UUUCUUCUAUUUCCCUCCUUGUAAGGCUUUAACCCUUUCCCUCUUCAUCCCUUCCCCUCAAAUUCUUGCUAACCCUCACAAUCUAUCUUCUCCAGCUGAAUUUAUACUCUCCCCUCCCUCUGCAAUUCCCUUGUUCUUUCUCCAAACUCUAAAUCUCAAUGUCCGCUGUGGCUCGAGCCUCUGCUCGUCCCACGCCGCCGCAUCCUCCUCCUUCUACUGCUGCCGUUUCUGCACCAGCUCCGUCGGCUCAUCCUGUUGUUCCGCCAAUACGCCGCCACCUGGCUUUUGCCUCGACGAAGCCGCCAUUUGUUCAUCCCAAUGAGUAUCAUAGAUUUUCCUCUAAUAACAGUAACAACAAUCUAACCACAGCUAAUAAUACUCGUGGAAUCAUCGCCGAUCAAGAAGUUGAAGCGAUUGUCGUGAGAUCUACACCAUUAAAAAGAAAACGCACAGUGGAGAACAAGGAAGCUGAAUCCAGCCAAUGGACAAAUAGUCCAGCAAUUACCAGCAUAUCCAAUAGUCCAUUACGGACACCUGUAUCUGCCAAAGGAGGAAGGAUAAAUAAUAGAUCAAAGGCCAAUAAGUCUACUCCACAAACACCCUUGGCAAAUGCUAGUUCUCCAUCUCCUCUUACUCCUGCUGGAAGCUGCCGCUAUGACAGUUCUUUAGGUUUCUUGACAAAAAAGUUCGUCAAUCUCAUAAAACAUGCUGAAGAUGGGAUCAUUGACUUAAAUCAGGCUGCAGAAACAUUGGAGGUGCAAAAGAGGAGGAUAUAUGACAUAACAAAUGUUUUGGAAGGCAUUGGUCUUAUUGAAAAGAAGCUGAAAAACAAAAUACGUUGGAAGGGUGUUGAUGAUUCAAGGCCUGGAGAAGCAGAUAUUGAUCUAUCUGUAUUACAGGCAGAAAUUGAAAACCUUACCAUGAAAGAGCGCAUAUUAGAUGAUCAAAUAAGAGAAAAGCAGGAAAGAUUGAGGGAUUUGAGUGAGAAUGAGAACAACCAGAGGUGGCUUUUUGUGACUGAAGAAGACAUCAAGGCUCUACCUUGUUUUCAGAAUGAAACCCUGAUAGCAAUUAAAGCUCCACAUGGAACUACUCUGGAAGUACCUGAUCCUGAUGAAGCUGUUGACUACCCACAAAGGAGAUACAGGAUGAUCCUUAGAAGCACAAUGGGUUCCAUUGAUGUUUACCUAGUCAGCCAAUUUGAGAAGUUUGAAGAGGUGAAUGAUGUUGAGCCACCUGCAAGUCUCUCACUCGCUUCAAGCCCUGGCUCCAAUGAAAACCAAGUUGAUUUGGUUAAUGUGAAUGGCACCAGAGAGGAAAUUGAACCACAGGCAGUUCAAACUCAUCAAAUGUGCUCUGAUGUUAAUGCUUCACAACCUGUUGGGGGAAUGAUGAAAAUUGUUCCUUCUAAUACUGAUAACGAUGCAGAUUAUUGGCUUCUUUCAGAUGCUGAUGUUAGCAUUACGGAUAUGUGGAAGACUGAUUGUGUUGAAUGGAGUGGGGUAGAUACGUUUGAUGCUAAUUUUGGAAUGGCUGAUAUCAGUACCCCGAGGCCCCAAUCCUCACCAUCCAAUCUUUAAUUUACAUGGAAUAGUUACACAAAUACAAGCGUUGCAUGUUGGGAUUUCGGGUUAGUCCGUUGAAUGAAUGUUGAAGACGAUACAUGCUAUGGGAUCACAUGGUUGACACUAUCCAUCAAAUCCCGAUCAUAUACCAAUGAAUACCCCUUGGUUGAUCUUGGGUUGCUUUGUUAGCAGCUAUACCAAGUGUAGAUGUGUAGAAUUGGU